UGUGUGUGUGUGUGGCAGUGUGUGUUACAUUCUCUGGUGCACGUGUGUCACAGUACUGAAGAGCUGACGGACCUGAGGACGCUCUCCUGUUAAUCUCCUCCACCAGAUCAGGACACGUUCUCCUCCUCGCCCUCCAGUCUCAGUCGUGUUCGUCAUCAUGGGCGCCUUCAUCGCCAAGAUGCUGCUGCCCACCGUCAGCAGCCUGGUGUUCCUGCCCGCGGCCAGCGUGGCGGCCAAGAGGGGCUUCCACAUGGAGGCCAUGGUCUACUUCUUCACCAUGUUCUUCACGGCGAUCUACCACGCCUGUGACGGGCCGGGCCUCUCCAUCCUGUGCUUCAUGAGAUACGACGUCCUGGAGUACUUCAGCGUCUACGGCACGGCGCUCUCCAUGUGGGUCACGCUCAUAGCUCUGGGAGACUUCGACGAACCGCAGCGCUCCACGAUGACCAUGUUCGGCGUGUUGACCUGCGGCGUGAGGAUCUACCAGGACCGCUGGGGCUACGGGAUCUACUCCGGGCCAAUCGGGUCGGCCGUCUUCAUCAUCACCGUCAAAUGGCUGCAGAAGAUGAAGCAGCUGAGGGCGGUGUACCCCGAGAAGUCGGUGUACACGCAGCAGGUCGGUCCGGGCUGCUGCUUCGGGGCCCUCGCUCUGAUGCUGCGCUUCUACUUUGAGGAGUGGGACUACGCCUACGUCCACAGCUUCUACCACCUGUCUCUGGCCGUGUCCUUCGUCCUGCUGCUGCCGAAGAAGAACCGCUACGCUGGGACGGGACGGAACGCCGCCAAGCUCAGCUGCUUCGCCCUGUGCUGCUGCUCCAUGUCGCCGGGCACCGUCAAAGACAAGACGGACAAGAAGGACAAGACGGACAAGAAGGACAAGAAGGACAAGAACGACAAGAAGGACAAGACGGACAAGAAGGACAAGAAGGACAAGAACGACAAGAAGGACAAGACGGAGAAGACGAAGGAGGAGACGAAGAAGGCGAAGACGUCCCGCACCGUGUGGACCGUCCCCACCGAGAAGCUGUGGCGAGGCCGCAGCAGCCCCACCCUGCCCCUCUACUUCCCCCCGCCCUCCACGCCCGUCAAAGGGACGAGCAUCAGCAAACUCAAAGAGAUGAACGGCUGGAAGUGAAGCCAACGUCUCCUACGUCGUUAUCACGCAGGAGCACCUCGACGGGCGGCGGGUCGGCCGCGAGCUCGGGGGAAACGGGAAAAUCACCAGAUGACUGUCGGCCAAACGCUGAUAAACGCGCACGUGGCUGGUAAGUGAAUCUACUGCAGCAGGAAACCAACCAUCACGUGGAUUCUUCCUCUCUCCUCCCCCCAAAAAAUCCUUUCUGGCCUGUGGAAUAUUUAAGGUCAGCAGCGACUCCAGGAAUCCAGCCGCCGCCGCCGCCGCCGCCGCCGCCGCCGCCGCCAGUCGCUCAGGAAUCACAUCACAUCUGUGCCCUGAUGUGGUUCCUACAUUUUUGAAGGUGCGAGAUGCUAAGAGGCGGCUCGGGGCGCAGCUGCUGCGAGGCCGAGGACACGGCGCCGCGAACACGGAGACGGUGGCUGAGACGAGCCAGUAAAACUGACUGGAAGAUUCACGACGAGAGCAAACAGGCAGAUGCUUCAUCUCUCCAAGAUAUAUAAAUUGUCCUUAGAAAUGUUCCUCAGGGGGAAACCCUCCUCCGUCUGCGCCGUCUGUCCCGACCCCCUCCUCCUUCUCUUUUCCGUCUCGGGGAACCACGCGGCCACUCGACUCCGGCUUGUGAGAGUUACAAGACCGUCAAAAAAAGGAAAAGGCACAUUUGACCUGUGUUUUAUUCGUCCUCGCGGUGCUAAAUGUGUCAUGUGGCGCGAGCGGCCCAGACGACGUGUUUCAGGAUCAACAGGUGGAUUCUGUUCACUCUGGUUCACUGUGAGCGGCUCAGACUGAGAAAAUGUUUCCAGCGGAGAGAGAAAAGUCUCCGUAGUGACGUCGGAGGAACGAAUGUAGAGCACAACGUUUUAGAACAUUUUGUAAAACUGAUGGUUGGUAGAUAGCUUGAAAGUCGCACCCGACUUCAUCCACGUCACGUUCGACACUUGUGCAUCAGAUCGUCUCCGCAGAAAAAGAAUAUUCUACAAAUUGAAUCAAAAAUAAUUUAGAAAAAGUUUGUUUUGCAAAAACUGUUUUCGCUUUGCAGUUACAUCCCCUCGCCAGCGGGGGCGCUGCAGCCCCGUCUUUCCAUGUUUCAAAUGAAAACUUUUAUCCACGUGUUAUUUAUUGAUCUACAGGAUGUUGUUUAUUCAUUAUUACCUGUUGUUGUUGUUUUAAAUUAUAAUUUUGUAAUGUUUCAAUGAAAUAAAAUGAAAUGACUUGCU